GUCUAUUAAAUCCGGAAAUAUCAGGGAAUAGGAAAUAUCAUUAAGUGGAAACAUUAAUUUAAUCAUGAAUCGAACAAAACCAAAAGUUAUAGAAUAAGCAGCAUGGAGUAAAAGAAGAUUAUAUACGUAUUUUUGAUCGGACCACAGAUAUGCCCAGUAAGAAGAAAGAAUCGAAAUCAGGGCAACAAAGUGCCUCGUGGGAGAAACCAGAUGACGUUCUUCAAGCAGUUAUACUGGCAGACAGUUUCAACUUCAGAUUUCUGCCUAUAACGUUGGAAAAACCAAGGGCCUUACUCCCUUUGGUCAACUACACACUACUUGAUUAUACAGUAGACUUUUUGAUUGGCUCUGGAAUCAAAGAAAUAUUUGUCUUUUGCUCCUCCCAUGCAAAACAGAUUAUCAAUUUUAUCAAAGAUCCAGAGUGGGUUGCAAAACAUUCAACAUGCACAUUUCAUACUAUAUUAUCUGAAGGAUGCAUGUCAAUGGGAGAUGCAUUAAGGGAAAUUGACAGGCAGGCUUUUAUCAAGACGGAUUUCAUUCUUGUUAAUGGCGAUCUAGUUUCGAACAUAAAAUUGGAUAAGGUUUUAAAAGAGCACAAAGAAAGAAGGCAGAAAAGCAAAUCAUCCAUAAUGACAAUGAUUUAUAAGCAGGCUGCUCCUGACCAUAAAACAAGAUCUUUAGAAGAUGAUGUAUUCCUUGCCAUCGAGUCAACUUCGAACAGGAUACUUCAUUGGGAGAAGACUCGCAAGAAAAACAAGUUUUCACUCCCUUUGGAAUUGUUCAUAGAAAAUAAGGAUGUUAAGCUCAGAUACGACCUGCUAGAUUGUGGCAUUAGUAUCUGCUCGACAGAGGUACCUCAAUUAUUUACGGAUAAUUUUGAUUACCAAACCAAAGAUGACUUCGUUCGUGGAAUAAUCAUCAAUGAAGAGGUGAUGGGAAAUAAGAUUCACUCUUACGUUGUGGACGUUGAAUAUGGUGCAAGAGUAACGAAUAUCCAGAUGUAUGAUUCAAUAAGCAAGGACAUAAUCCGUCGAUGGGCUUAUCCAGUUGUUCCAGACAACAGUAUUUUACAUUCAAAUAAUACAUACAUGUAUAAUAGACAUAAUGUGUAUUUUGGAACUGGCGUGAUCUUUGCAAGGGAUUGUAUAUUAGAGCAAGACGUCGUAGUUGGGUCUGGAUCUAGUGUUGGAACAGGAAGCGUUAUACGAAAUUCAGUCAUUGGAAAACAGUGUGUAAUAGGUGAUAAUGUUGUAAUAGAAGAUUCGUACAUAUGGGAUGGUGUGAAGAUUGAAAACAACUGCCGCAUAUCAAAAUCUAUACUCUGCGAUAAUGUUGUAGUUAAACAAAACGUCACAACACAAAAAGGAUGCGUCCUAUCAUUUAAUGUUGUUGUUGGUCCAGACAUAAACUUAAGUUCAGGAAUAAAAAUAACUUUGAAAAUUGAUGAAAACAAGGAUGAUUUUGGCAUGGAGAAACUAUCCUUAGAGGAAAAACCUAACGCAGAGUCGUACAAUCCCGAGGAUGUGGGCAGCGAUGGUCGUGGAUAUGUUUGGAAAAAAGAGAUUGAUUCUGACGGCGAAGACGAACAGGAGUUAAUUGACCUUUGGGGUCGAAGUAGUGAAAAUAUAAGUAACGAGAGCGAAAGCAGUGAUGAUUCGUUCUCUGCAGAAAGUCCGACGGCCAGUCCUCCACCCGAGGAUUCAAAAUUAUUUUAUAAUGAGGUUUUGGAUACGGUUCGUAAUGGCAUUGCCAAUAAGGUGAAUCCUGAUAAUUUGGUGCUGGAAAUCAACGCCUCAAAAUAUGCGUACAACGUGACAUUCCACGAACUAAAUCACGCAGUAACGAAGACCUUUUUGGAGUGCUUGCUCUCUGACUACACGACGUAUCAACAAGACGUCCUCAAGGAUAUAAAAAAAGCUGUGGUCCAUUUUCAUCCGGUGUUUUCACAUUAUAUGAAAGAAAGUGAAAAUCAGAGAAUUGGAAUUCAAGCGGCAGAGGAAUUUUUCAUUCAAAACGAAGAAAUGUCGCCUGCGUUUCAGAGCUUCUUACAUUUAAUGUACGAUCGAGAAGUGUUCGACGAGAAUGUCAUACUUGAUUGGUUCAAGUCUCCUGUCGAUGACUCUAUUGGGAAUGAAAACCCGAAAAAAAUUCGAGACCAGGUGUCCAGGUUCAUAAAGUGGCUAGAAGAGGCUGAGGAGGAGUCGGACGAUUAAGAGUUAACAAUAAAUUCAGAGGGUGUCGAAAAAAUCACCCACGGGCAUUUCGCGCAUUUAUGGCCUUCCUUCUUCCACAGAGAUCAAAUCCCCUUUUACUCAAGGAAAUUUUUGUUCAAUUGUAGCAUCCCAGUUUUGAUCUACCUGCAUCAUCCUGACGUUUUAACAAUGAUUGAAUUGAGAGGUGGGAAUAUACCCCGGUCUACGGGUAUAUGCAGGUAGAAAAUUUGAAUGAAAUAUUUCGUUUAGAGGGCAUUCGUCAAGACCUGAUCUUCGUCAGUAACUGUCCUCGAAGGCCUUCGUCUUUCUUAGGUAGUUAAAAAUACUACAUUUGAUUUUUCGGGUGCCGCUACGCUACUUCCUGAUUAACCUCUCCACUGAGGCCACGUAUAUAGACGCACGUUAGGGGGAGGCGGAGAACAUGCUCCACGUUCUUAGGGUGAAACUCUACUUCGCUUAUAGCAUGCAUGGGCAGCGUCCAUGGAAGAAAUUUGCAGAAGACAUCUAGGAAAGAAAAUUUGCAACGAGCUUUGAAGAUAAUUUGAAACUUGUAAUAAGAAUAAUUUGAAUUUUUUGUUAUUUGGCAAUUCUGGGUAUUUAGCUUCUGCAGAGACGAUUUUCUGACCGUUAACGCGCGCUCAGUGCUGUACCGCGAAAUACUUCCAAGAGCCUGGGAACGAGGCUGAUGUUAGCUCUGAUUGAAUGCGUUUUGAGAAAUAAAGUGAAAAGCAUAAUUAUUACCAAAAAAAAAAGGAAUGCGUUUCGUUCUCAAGGGAAAGGGGCGAAUUGAAACUCGUUAAAAAAAUGCUACGUCAGAAUAGAAAAAACAGAAAAUAGCCGAAGCAAUAUGAUUUUUAACGGCACCAUUUAACAAGAUAAGAUAACCUACAUCAUACAAACUGUAUACUAUUUGUUAUAAAAAGGGAGAUUAGUGUUACCGAGAAGUAUUAAAAAAUAAA